AAUUUUCAUUGUAGAAGCGACGUGUUUACUGUUGAGAGGGUAUUUUACUCCUUUAUUUUUGUUUUUUAUUCGAAUUUAAUAUUAUUAUUAUUAAAACACGUUGGAAUUUAUACAUGCUGCUUAAGUAGUGCAAAGCAGUAAUUCAUGACCCACCCAUGGCCAUUUUUUCCAUUGGUGGGAAAAUACCUAUCGGUGAACGAAAUCAAUCGUGGAUGAAAUGGUCGAAGUUUAAUUUCAAUUCAUACAAUCUUAACAUUCUCUCGCAGUGAAUUUAAUCAAUAUAGUGCAAUCUGGAAGGGAAGAUCACAUUCUAAUUUCAAUCACAACUUUAAAAAUCAAAAUGGAUAGCCUAACUGUAUCAAGAGCUUCAGCCACAGGAAAUCCGCGCAACAAAACUGCGCUCAAACCAGGACGUUCCCUCAUGGAUUGGAUCAAACUCACCAACUCAUCUACUGAUCUCAGUGGAACGGGAAAUCGGUUAAGGGAUAUCUCUCCUAACGAACUCGCUCAGCAUAAUAGCAAAAAUGACGCUUGGCUGGCCAUUAGAGGAAUGGUGUACAACGUAACUUCUUAUUUCGAAUUCCAUCCUGGCGGCGAGGAAGAGUUGUUGCGUGGUGUCGGGAUUGACGCUACCGAUUUGUUCGAUGAAGUCCAUAAAUGGGUAAACUACGAAUCGAUGCUGAAGAAAUGCCUGGUCGGAAGAUUGAAGGCGGAUUCCAUGCUGCCUCCAGUCAAACGCGCACAAAGCAAAGUUAUCGUUGGAAAGGGCUUUCCUGCGCCUCCUCCACCCACUCUGUCGAUAUCGACGCCUUCUAUUGGAGUUGUCACCACCGAUUGGAUGCAGAACUCCACCAGCGUCACUGUUGUCCUUUAUACGCGUCAAAAAGGACUUGACGCACACCGGGUGUCGACGUCUAUCGACGGGAAACUUUUCCGUAUUCGUAUCUACAGCGACGAUUGGUCACGCUGUUACGAUUAUCAAAUUCACUUAGCCGAAGUUGUCGAAUCUUCCUGUAAGGUCACAGUGUCGUUGACAACGGGCAAAGUGGAAUUGGUAUUGCGCAAAAUACAAACUGCACUCCAUUGGCAGAAAUUGGGCGAUUUGGAGGACGUCAGCCAAGGGUUUCAGCCGUUAAGCCAAGCCUCACCAUUCUUCCGCCAGGCCACUUUAACACGCAAAUUGCGCGUUAAUCACAAUGUUUUUCUAUUCACUUUGACGUUUCCUACUGGUCAAGACUUUUACGUCCCUGUUGGUUGGCAUGUUCAACUCAAACUAUCUCUGGAAGAUGGAAGUGAAUUAAUCCGUAGCUACACUCCUGUUGUUUCUGAUCUUUCUUCGUGCAAGACAACAGACUGCCCAUCUAAAACUGAAGCGUCUACAUCGCUUCAGUUUCUAAUCAAAAUCUACCCUGCUGGACCAUUUACUUCGGCAUUGGAUCGAUUGGCUGAGGGUAACAGCUCGAUUGAAGUGAGUGAUCCAACUGGAAACUUCCUAGAAUCGCAAUUAGAGAGCAAGAAUGUGGUAGCUAUCGCCGCUGGUACGGGGAUCACGCCAUUAGUCAGAAUAGCAAUCGAUACCUUACGCAAUAAUAGGCAUGUUAUGUUACUGUUCUUCAACCGAACCCAAGAAGACAUAAUCUGGAAAGAAGAGUUUCGGGAAUUAGAACUUAAAUAUCCUGAGAAGUUUAAAGUAUGGCACGCAUUGUCUGAGCCGGAUGAAGAAUGGUUAGGUCUUCGAGGCCGAAUCAACAAUUCUAUACUAGCCACAACUAUUUUAGGUAGGGAUUGUCCUGACGACGGUUCCAAUUUUGCGUGUGUUUGCGGACCGUCAGACUUUACUUUGGAAACACUCAGGUUGCUGGAUGCUGCAGGAUAUAUAAAUGAGGCCGUUCACGCGUUUUCGGGAUAGAAAAUUAGGAAACGCCUGCAUAUUUGACUUCAUCGAAAGCUUUACGAGCUUUCUUCAGCUCCUCGUUCAUGGUUAGAAGGUCUUUGACGCGGGCAAAUUUACGCGUGUCCUUGCGAACUAAAAACACCAUGUCUUCAACUUGAACUCGGCCUGUCCGUCCAGUUUCCAUGGCCUUGUGCGUCUGAAGUAGUAAUAAUGCAAAUAGUUAAUGUCAAUAAAGUCAUUUGCCAUGUUA